UCGUUUACACUGUGUGUUCUCAUCCCAGCAAAUCACAGUUUUUUGCUUAAUGACUUGCUUGGAUCCUCAGGGGAUUGCUUGUGGUCCCUCCUCCCCCUUCGUGCCUAGUAUCCCCCACGGGCAAGGUUUUACUGAUUGAGCGAAGUAGCCCACGGGUACGCGGUAGCCCAAACAACUUUUUUUCCCCGGAAGGAUGUGGCAAUUGCGAAUCACUCUCGACUGUUUCAUUCAGCGUGCCCGUGUUCCGAUGGUUCACCCUCUAUCAUAUCUCUAGUGCACUACACAUCAACUCUGCAGUGAACCGUUCGCACAAGUCAAUCAGCCGCCUGGGUAGCGGUGGGCUAACACGUCUUCGUGUAUACUGUCCGCGUGUACGCGUGUGUACGCCAAGCGGGACUUGGCCAACUCACUCACGGGGGAAUAUCGUCGAGAGCACGGAGCAGUUAUUUCGGUGCUGUUCGCUGAUGGCAGAUAUGAUUCCCUCAACUUUGUUUUGGGUUAGCCUGACUUUCCUGGUGGUGCUGGUGUCGUCUGUUUGUUGCAGUGACCCGGACCCUGAAGGGACGAACGUUUGCUCCUACACAGUCCAUCUUGAAGGCAGUGUAAAUGUCACGAGAUAUCGAUGCUGUCCCGGCUGGAGACGAAAAGGACCCGACUGCAGCAAACCGUGUACAAAGCGCACAUGGGGUCUAGACUGCCGCCAGCUUUGUCGCUGUCAAAAUGGCGGCAAAUGUAACAAAGAAGACGGUAGUUGUCGAUGUCCACGAGGCUGGACAGGACAAGACUGUACUCAGCCAUGUGAUGCAACGCGGUACGGACUCAACUGCAGUCGGCCAUGUCCUUGUCAAAAUGGCGCCCUCUGUGACCGCUUCAAGGGGACAUGCACGUGCCCUCCUGGGUUCACAGGUCACACAUGCGCAGAUCGAUGUCCUGAGGGCUUUCACGGACCUAGAUGUCAAGAACGAUGUGCUUGCAACAAUGGCGGGACUUGCAACAGUACCGACGGCAUGUGUUCGUGUCAGCUCGGAUGGACUGGUAACCUAUGCCAGACACGAUGCGUGGAGGGUUCAUAUGGACAGGACUGCUUGGAGAAGUGUCGGUGCGAGAGAGGGACUUGCAAUUCAGUCAAUGGAACUUGUACGUGCCCUCCUGGAUGGCAAGGAGUGAAAUGCGCAGAGCUUUGUCCAUGGGGCUACUAUGGCCAGGAUUGCAAGCAUCAAUGUGGCUGUGCACACGAUGAAGGAUGUAGUCCUUCAGAAGGUAACUGCUACUGCAGACCUGGAUGGAUUGGUAUGAGAUGUGAGGUCAGAUGCUCCGGUGGUCGGUAUGGAAGUGGCUGUAAGAGACUGUGUCAGUGUCGGAAUGGUGCCAUGUGUCAUCAUAUCAAUGGGAAGUGCACUUGUGCCCCCGGUUGGAUGGGAGAGCGCUGUGAUGUUCCGUGUUCAAAUGAAACGUAUGGGGAUGGUUGUCAGGGGACUUGUGAUUGUCAGAACAAUUCCACGUGUGACCAUGUGAGUGGUGCGUGCUUCUGUGGCCGUGGUUGGACUGGUAGGAGCUGUGACACGCCGUGUAGUGAGGGCUUCUAUGGGUCUGGGUGUUCUCAACUAUGUCUGUGCGAGAAUGGAGGAACGUGCGACCCGCUGACAGGGGCUUGUAGGUGUACGCCAGGUUGGCAGGGGAUGUAUUGUAAUGCUUCGUGUCUCUCGGGUCUCUUUGGCCCGAGCUGUCUGAUACAAUGCCUGUGUGAAAACGGAGGAACGUGUAGCCCAGUUGAUGGGACGUGUACGUGCCCAGCAGGUUGGACUGGAGCCACCUGCAGGGACAAGUGUACUGAGGGGUCCUAUGGCGUUAAUUGCCAGAUGACGUGCAGGUGUCUUUAUGGCGGUACAUGCAACCCUGUUGACGGUUCAUGCUCGUGUGCUCCGGGAUGGGAAGGACUAUCGUGUGGGGAAGUUUGCAGAGCGGGGUUCUAUGGACGUGAAUGCAUAGAGGUUUGCACGUGCCAAAAUGGUGCCGAUUGCGACCACGUGACUGGGAGUUGCACCUGUCAGCCAGGUUGGGAAGGAGAGUUGUGUCAGUAUAUAUGCAAUGAGGGACUCUAUGGACCUGGUUGUACUUCCAGAUGCGAAUGUUUGAAUGGAGCUAGGUGUGAUGCUGUCAGUGGGACGUGCCUAUGUGCUCCCGGCUGGACGGGAUCAAAAUGUGAGACGGCAUGUCCCAGAGGUUCGCAUGGUGUGGAUUGUAUGCGGGAAUGUCUCUGUCAGAAUGGAGGGAUGUGUGACCGGCAGACAGGUGGUUGCACGUGCACCUUGGGUUGGAAGGGUGUGGUUUGUGAUCAGCAAUGUGACGAGGGAACCUACGGAUCCCAGUGUAAACACGCCUGCUAUUGUGAGAAUGGCGCCGCUUGCAAUCACAUUGAUGGAUAUUGCACUUGCACUGCAGGAUGGUUCGGAGAAAUGUGCAACAAGUCCUGUCCAGCCGACUUCUACGGUCAAGAUUGCUCGUCGAGAUGCGAAUGUGCCAGCAACGCUGCGUGUCAUCACGUAACAGGGGCGUGUCUAUGCGGUCCAGGGUGGUGGGGUGAUUUCUGCAAUAUUCCGUGUCCGAAUGGGACGUACGGGCACGCCUGCUCACAGAGAUGUCCGUGUUUGCAUGGUGCAAGCUGCCAUGGUGAAACAGGUGCUUGUAUUUGCCAGCCUGGCUGGUCAGGUAAAUUUUGCCAGAACAAAUGCAAGCAGGGCUUUUACGGCCCACAUUGUAGAAAUGUCUGCCGAUGUCGAAAUGGAGGUCUCUGUGAUGCUACUAAUGGUUCUUGUACUUGUCCUCCUGGAUGGGUUGGGGAUGAAUGCCAAGAUACAUGUCAAGAUGGAUACCAUGGGAUUCAGUGCCAGGAUAAGUGUCUGUGUGAAAACGGGGCUACCUGUGACAAAAGCGAUGGUUCAUGUUCAUGUACAUCUGGUUGGACAGGCCCCUUCUGCUCUGAUCCAUGUCCUGAUGAAACCUUUGGUGAAAACUGCUCGUCUGUGUGUCAAUGUAAGAACGGAGCGUUGUGCGACCAUGUUAGCGGUCAUUGUCAGUGUAGGCCUGGAUGGAUGGGUGAAGUCUGUGAUGAGGAGUGUCGACCAGGCUUCUAUGGGGAUGCAUGUGAGAAAGUCUGUUUGUGUCUCAAUGGUGCCUUAUGCGACCCAGUCACGGGUGCUUGCUUAUGUCCUGCAGGUUGGUUGGGAGAACAGUGUAACCAGCCCUGUCCUGAAGGCUUCUUUGGGACGAACUGCUCCCAAAAGUGUCAGUGUGAAAACAGUGGCACUUGUAAUACAACAUCGGGUUCGUGCGUAUGCCAGGCUGGUUGGGUAGGGGAAGUGUGCCAGGACCAGUGCCCGGAUGGACAGUACGGCGUCGGAUGUAGUCAACAAUGUCAGUGUGCAAAUAAUGCAUCGUGCGAUGCUGGUACGGGAGUGUGUGGCUGUCUAGAAGGAUGGACAGGUGGGACGUGUAAUCAGCCUUGCUCAGAUGGGUUCUAUGGUAAAAACUGCAGCAGGAGAUGCGAGUGUGGGAAUAGUGGAGCUUGCGAUCCUAUCGAAGGGUGUAUCUGUGCGGCAGGAUGGCAGGGUGAAAUGUGUUUGGUUCCGUGUCAGGCUGGAACAUAUGGAGCACAGUGUGGUAGAGUAUGUCAGUGUCAACAUGGCGGUGAGUGUGAUCCAGUUACAGGCUGCGUUUGCCGAUCAGGGUGGACGGGAGAAUCGUGUGAGCACCGCUGCGUCGAUGGGUUCUACGGGAUAGACUGCCUGGAGGAAUGCCUGUGUCUAAACGGAGGGCAUUGUCACGCAGAGUUUGGUUGUAUGUGUUCACCUGGAUGGCAAGGACGCUAUUGUAACGAGACCUGUCCGCUGGGGUUCUUUGGGGCUGGCUGCUCUGUGGAAUGCCAGUGUGAGACGCACGGGGUGUGUGAUCCCAUCUUGGGAUGUGUCUGCACGCCUGGGUGGGAGGGAAGGUAUUGUGGAAGCCCCUGUGCGGAAGGGCGGUACGGACCCGGUUGUCAAAACACCUGUCAGUGUGAAAACGGUGCCACCUGCCACCACGUGGAUGGUUGUGUGUGUACGAGUGGAUGGAGGGGACCUCGAUGUAACCACACAUGCACCAACGGACGUUAUGGUGAGAACUGCCUCAAGUCUUGCGGAUGUGGACACAGAGGGACAUGCCAUCAUAUUCAAGGCUGCAUCUGUAAGCCAGGCUGGAAGGGACCAGAUUGUCGCGUUCCGUGUACGGAGGGAACUUACGGUGAAAGAUGCAAGAUGAAGUGCCAAAGAUGCCAGCAUGGUGGCACCUGCGAUCACAUGACUGGAGAGUGUUUGUGCCGUCCAGGUUACCGUGGCAACAGAUGUCAACAUCCUUGUCAACCGGGAACAUAUGGUAUGGGAUGCGCCAAGCAGUGCCCUCCGUGCUUAGGAAAUGCCACUUGUGACGUCAUUGGCGGUAAAUGCAAGCGAGCCGAAGCGACCAGUCACCCAGACUCUGUCAGCGACGCCGUGGUCACCCAGAAUCUACUCGAUGACGUCAUGGAGACGCCCCUCGUCAUGUACGCGAUCAUCGCUGGGGGCGCCCUUGGCUUUGUCCUGCUGGUGAUUCUGGCGAUCAUGGCCACCCAGAGAUUGAAAUGCGGCCGCCAUGGUUCCUACAGGACAAUGGAACGUCCCAGCGGUGUGUAUGCGACUGACGUAAGCCAGAAAAUGCAGACAGUCGAUAUAAACAGUAAUAAUGUUAAAGUUUACGAUUCGUCGAGCCUCGGCGGACGCUACAAGCGAAACUCAAAGCGCCCUCUAUCGGACUGCUUGGCCGGCAGUGCCGUCCCAGUCCAAUACACCCUUGCCAGUCUCCCACGGAAUCUGAGGUCACUACCCACGCCAGCUCGCCGACCCCAGCCCCUGCCAAGGAAAUUUUCUGUGGUCAGACCAGCCCCUAGCCUCAACUCCAUGGAGAAGCCGUUUGUGGACAUCACUCCUCCCUCUUCGGUGCUGUCUGACCCCACCCCUCCUUGCUCCGUCACCAGCGAGGAGAGCCGAGAGGGCUCCGAGGCUGAGACCGCGUCAGUUCGGUCCUCGACCGUCUCCAUAGUAACAGGGAGCUUCAUGAGCAGCGAUAGUCAGUACACCACUACCACUGGUUCAUCCACUGCCAGCCCGCUUGGGAACACCGGGUACUAUGUCGUGCCUGGCGGGCCAGGGGCAAAACGCAGAACACCGAACGGUGAAGUUCUGAUUUGAAUAAAAACUAUACCGAUGAAGUCUCUACCCUAUCUGUUCAGUCUUGAACCAUUUGAGGCAACCUUGUUCCCUGGGUGUCGAGCAGUACGCUCUCACCACUACCUGUUCUUACUAUUGGACAAGAGGUUGAAAAUAAAGUAAGCCCUGGGGACGAGGUUACAUUGGAGGCGCUGUGAGCAACAAGCUAGCAGAAGUGUGUGGAUUCCGUCUUCAGAUUUUUUUGACAUGCAAGAGAAUUGUUUGUUUUAGAUAAAUGGCUGUCUUGAAACGGAAUCCCUUCUCUGGAGACAAUUGUAUUAAGAUCUACUCGUGACUUGUAUUUCUAAGCUACAGGCCCAAAGAUCGAUUUGAAUACACCAGAAAAGCGAAAAUAUCUUCAUUAUGUCCUCCGCCAUUAAAACGUUUUGUCAGACAUACUCCAUCGUUAUCAACACACGUCAAACGGAUGAAGGGAAACAAAUAUAACAAUAACAAUAAUACUGGAUUGGACAUUUGGGAGACAUCCCCAUAGACUUGUGCACAACAUUUUUCAA